AUGUCAAGACCUCUUAGAAAAAGGAACGUUCCAUCCGAGAAAGAACAAGAACAAGCACAAGCACAGGAAUUGGAGGCUCAGAAGACAGAUUCCUUCCAAACUGCUUUUUACAUGAAACAUUUCCGUGCGACGGACAUCAUAGUCAAAGUGGCGGAUUACACGCUCAUCAUAGACGCCUCCCACCGAGAGCAUGCCGACGAGCAUGGACUUGUUACUCGUUCGAUGAUAAGAAAACAUAAAUUGCCGAAGGAUAUCAAGAUAGCAACUCUUCGCUGUUCAUUUACCGGCAGUGGUUUUCUUGUUGUCCAUGCUGAACGUUAA